AUGGUAGUUGGUACAGAAUUUGAUACAACAUUGGAGUUUCAAGAGAAGGAAGAUGUAAUUAAUGCAGUUAAACAUUGGCAGUUACGUGCAGCAAGGCUAAAGAAACUUGGUGGAGGAUGGGGCAUAACACGAUAUAAAGGUCCACACACAUGUGUUGCGAGGGCUAUAUCGCUUGAUCACAGACAAUUGGACUCAAACUUUAUAUGCAACUGCAUAUUGGAAGGGGUGAAGAAAGAUCCAUCCAAGUCAGUUGGAAGAAAGCAUGGGAGGCUAAAUAGAAGGCUAUUGCCAGAAUUUGGGGUGAUUGGGAUGAAUCAUACCAACGUCUACCAUAUUUCUUUGCAGCUUUGCAACAGACAAAUCCUGGAAGUGUUGUAUGUUAUUGACAGUAUCGAGUUCACAAAGCCAGUGAUCCAAAUUGAUGGAACUUUCCUUUAUGGUAAGUAUAAACAUUCACUCCUAAUUGCAACAACCAUUGAUGGAGAUAACUCUAUGAUUCCACUGGCUUAUGCGCUGGUAGAGUCCGAGAAUGUGGACAGUUGGGGAUGGUUCAUGGCGCUCCUUCGAACACAUGUAGUAAGGUGUGAUGGUAUAUGUGUCAUUUCCGAUAGACAUAUUGGAAUUAUGCAGACAAUGAAUAACCAAUAUCUCGGUUGGGAUGAAACUCAUGCAAAAUAUCGCUAUUGCCUCCGUCAUGUGGCCAGCAAUUUUAACACACGCUUCAAAAAUGUUGGACUCAAGAAUUUACUCAUAAAGGCUGGGAGGACGUGUCAAGUAAGAAAAUGUGAACGAGUUUUGGAGUGGGUAAAAGAGAGGAAUGAUGAGGCAUGA